AUGACAUCCAAGUACACACAUCUACCCCGCUCAGCCUCGAAGCCAUUGGAAUGCGGGCUUGAAGGCCACGCCCUCCUUCAUGACUCCUACUUCAACAAGGGAUCAGCCUUUCCGUCGCAAGAGCGCCAUGACUUUGGUCUGCACGGUCUACUACCGCCCAACAUCCAGACACUGGACGAACAGGUGAAGCGCGCCUAUGAACAGUACUCGAGCCAACCGGACGACCUGGCCAAGAACACUUUUAUGGCGAGUAUGAAGGCACAGAAUGAAGUUUUGUAUUAUCGGCUCAUCCAAGACCAUCUGAAAGAAAUGUUCAGUGUGAUCUAUACACCAACCGAAGGCGAUGCUAUCCAGAAUUAUUCCCGUAUCUUUCGCAAACCAGAAGGCUGCUUUUUGAAUAUCCAUGAUGUUGAUCGGAUUGAGCAUGAUUUGAAACAGUUUACGGAUAAUGGGACGAACGAGGAUGUAGAUUAUAUUGUUGUGACGGAUGGAGAGGAGAUUCUAGGCAUUGGCGAUCAAGGUGUAGGAUCAGUCCUGAUAUCCGUCGCGAAACUUGUCUUGACGACUCUAUGUGCCGGUAUCCAUCCAGCGAGACAACUCCCGAAUGAAAGCCUUCUUAAAGACGAGCUGUAUCUCGGCCUGCGCCAUAACAGAGUCAGGGGCGAGGAAUAUGACCAAUUCGUGGACCGCUUCGUCACAAGUGCAAGAAAGAUUUUCCCUAAUGCUUAUAUCCACUUCGAAGACUUCGGUCUGAAGAACGCUAGACGACUGCUGGAAAAGUACCGCCCGCAAAUUGCCUGCUUCAAUGAUGAUGUCCAGGGCACAGGCUGCGUUACCCUUGCAGCCCUCAUGGCCGGCUUGCACGUCAGCAAAGUCAGUCUAGGCGAUGUCCGGAUUGUCAUUUUUGGGUCUGGUACUGCAGGUACCGGCAUAGCCGAUCAGAUUAGAGAUGCCAUUGCUACCGAGAGCGGCAAGUCAAAGGAGGAGGCUGCUAAGCAUAUCUGGUGCAUCGACAAACCAGGUCUCCUGUUUAAAUCCCACGAGGACAAACUAACACCAGCACAAAUCCCCUACGCGCGCGAAGACUCGGAAUGGGAAGMCCACGUCCAAGCCGAUCUGUAUAAUGUGAUUAGAAAAGUCCAACCGCACGUGUUGAUCGGGACAUCGACCAGACCAAAGGCCUUCACGGAAGACAUCAUCAGAGAAAUGGCUAAACACGUUGAUCGGCCUAUUGUGUUUCCCUUGAGUAAUCCAACACGAUUACACGAAGCGCAGCCACAGGACAUCAAUGAAUGGACGGAUGGAAAGGCAUUGAUAGCCACUGGCAGUCCGUUCCCGCCUGUUGAGCACAAUGGCGUAAAGAAAGAAAUCGCGGAAUGCAAUAAUUCCACCUGCUUCCCUGGAAUCGGUCUAGGCGCGGUGCUGAGUCAAAGCCGUCUGUUAUCGGACAAGAUGCUGGUGGCAGCGGUCAAGGCACUUGCAGCCCAAUCCCCCGCUCUCCAGGACCCWAAMAAGCCACUGUUACCGGAUGUUGAAGAUGUGCGUGAAAUUAGCGUUCAUAUCGCCAAAGCUGUUAUUCAAGCUGCUAUAGAGGAAGGUCUGGCCCAGGAAAAGGGUAUCCCGGAAGAGGACAAGGAAUUGGAGCAAUGGAUCCGCGAGCAGAUGUGGGAUCCUGAGUACCGGCCAUUGGUGAAGCCGCGGUCGACUUAG